UUAAGUAAAAGUAGUAAUACUACAAUGUAAAAAAUACUCCAUUACAAUUAAAAGUCCCGCAUUCAAAAUUAAGUAAAAGCACUAUAUUAUCUGCAAAAUGCUCUCAAAAUAUCAAAAGUGAAGCGCAGUAACAUGCCCUCGUGAGCUAUAUAUCAUCAUAUGUAUGACAUCAUUUGAUUGUAGUAGAGAUGCAAUAGUGUGGAGGCAGCAUUUUGCUGUUGCAGCCGGUCGAGGUGGAGCUAAUCUUAACUACUUUAUAUACAGUAAAGUGUAUAUAAAGUCAUUGAAAUUAGCUUGUGCCACCUUACUACAUAUAGUCAUUAGUCAAGGUCAUUAGAGGUUACUAUAUAUAGUAAGGAGGCGGGGUGGUGCAAGAGGGUUCCUGGUUUGAACCCAGGGUGGGGGAGCCCUUCUGUGUGGAGUUUGCAUGUUCUCUCCAGGUACUCCAGCCUCCUCCCUCAGUACAAAGAUAUGCAGGUUAACUGGUGACUCUAAAUUGUCCGUAGGUGUGAAUGUGAGUGUGAAUGGUUGUCUGUCUUUAUGUGUCAGCCCUGUGAUAGUCUGGUGACCUGUCCAGGGUGUACCCUGCCUCUCACCCAAUGUCAGCUGAGAUAGGCUCCAGCCCCCCCACGACCCCUGACAGGUUAAGCUGUUACAAAAAAUGACUGAAUUAAUGAAUGACUAGUGUAGUCCCGUGGCUCAUCUCUCUUAAAACUUAGAUUUCUUUUUUACUUUUUCCUCUACUCUGCUUUUCUCAAUCAAAUGCAGUUCAAGUUAAAAUGCGUUUAUUUGUCAUUACUUCUCCUUACAGACAUGUAAAGAAUAGAAUGAAAUACACAUCUCCAGGGCUGCAGUGUAAUAGACAUGUUAAAACAAAUAGCUGUCAUUUUUAUAUCUUAAAAAGACAAAAGUUAUGAUGUAAUAUUUUAGCCCAAAUUGACCAUGUGUGUACGUGUGGGUUUUCACAUAUGAAUUGCAUCAUCUAUUCUCAGCAUAACUAGUCUGACAAGUCUGCUGAGUCUGGCAGUUCAGCUUCUAGAGAGCCUGGGAAGGAAAAUCUGUUUUUGAGCCAGCGGGUGUUGGCCCUAAUGCUACGCAGGCUACUGCCAGGAGGUUGGGGUGUUAUUUAACUGAUCUCUCUGGUGUAACUGCUAGCGACUCAAAGACACCAGGGUUUUGAUAUUAACAAUGUCCCAAUGGCCCGUGGCCAUGAAGUUCCUCUGUAUGCACCCAACAUUCUCUGUAGAUGGCCACUCAGUUUAAUCAGGUCUCUCUUGAGAAUGAGACUGUGUCCCCAUGAGCUUGUUUAUUUAUGGUACUAACAUGGGUCUUGGGUGAUCGCAUCACAAGUGGACAGCUCUGGCUGUUCACAACUGGCAUUAGAGUGCGUCUCUACCAAGCAGCAACCACCUGGGCUGAAAAAUUAAGCCAGUGCAGACGUGUCAGAAACUGCAGUUCUUUGAACACAGGGGGUGAAUUCUUAUAUAACUCACCUGUUUACAUUUUAUUGAGCCAAUUUUAAAACCAGAAAAUGUUGAUGGGCCAGACAUUUUCAGAGCCGGCAAUGUUGGAGCUUAGUAUUAUUAUAACAGUCCUGAUUAAUUGUGCCCUGGGCCGUUUAAUACAGGGUCUCUGUACCAAUCCCUGGCCAGGCCACUCAGAGGUUGCUUCUGGGCCACAAGUGGCACACGGGCCGCCAGUUAAAUAGGCCUGCAACAGGUGGUUCUCAUAUCCCCAACACUACCUCCUCCUACAACGCAAACGAUCUGUUCGAUUGCAAAAGAAUUCCAUCAUCUUACAAGCUGUUGUGAUGGAUUACCUCUCCUAGUGAGUAGCACACACAUACACACUACCCAGAGGAUGUCAGCUGAGUAAGCAAUCCUUCAACGUGGCCCAGGACCUAUUAGCAUACACACUGCUGAGGGAAUGUGGCCAUAUGUGUCCUAGACCCCCUCUGAAUGUGGAGAUGUCAAGAUGCACAGGGUGCGUUGACACGUGUACUUAGAGCUGUCCACUGGUGACCUGAUCAUCCAAGACACAUGUUAAUGCCAAGUGUAAACACACACACAGAGAUUACCUGUCUCAAUAAAGGUUGCAAUGCUACAGUUCCACAAACAUCCCGAUUCAUCUGCAUCUUUUAGUUCAACAUUCUACACAACCUGUGAAAAGUAUUUUUUGCUAGCUAUUUAUAAAUAUGGUGAGGCUACUGAUGUGUGGGUUCACUAAGCCUACUCAAACUGCUAACACGAUCCUUACAGAAGAACCAGAAACAGAAAAGGCAGACGAUGAAAAAAUGAAAAGGCAACAGACAUUUAGUAAUGAACGGAAGGAAGUGGUUGGAAUAUGACACAUUAUAGGAGGUAAUGUACUGGUAUGUGGGCAGCCAGUUUCACUAACUAGCCGAGACGUCUAGCUUGUUUUUCAUCAGAAUCAAUGCCUUCAGGAAACAGCACAUCACAAUUCAUGGGAAAACACUGGAAGGGAGGGAGGGAGAGUGUGUGUGAGGCAAAGGCACGGCAUUCUGUCAAUGUCUUUUCAUUUACUGAAGCAUCACAGUUAAGGAAGGCUAUUUUACAUUGCAUUAAAUGGCAUUUUCUGCAUUGUUUUUACAUGAGUUUACAUUUGGGCCUCCAAAAAGUACUCCAGUCAGGAGCACUUUAGUCAAAGAAUACUUAAUGUCUAUUAGCAGUUUGAUAUUUGGGGGUAUGACUCUGUUCCGGGACCUCUCUGCUCUUCCACGAGCCUACGUGGAAAGGUGAAGGCGGAGGGAGCAAACCUCUCUGCCAUCACCGUGCCUACGUGGAAAGCCUAAAUAAUGUACUUCGUUUCCCUAAUUUAGGGGCUUGGCGGCUCCCGGGGACUGUGCUUAAAAAUAUUAGCAUCUGUCCCUGGACAUCUGAAACAUGACAGUGCUUCAGGGGUCACAAGCCAAAAAGGCUAUGGUGGUCCAACUGUUUUAAUCUAAACAGUGUGUUGUAUUUUAUUCUGUCUGCUGAUCAUUUGCUUUGUAAUGUAAAAUCUUAAUCUUAAAAGUAAUGAGUAAAUCUAGCUGUUCAAAGUUCAGUUAUCUAAUCAAAUCUACUCCAGAAUCUAUGAACAUGAAAAUCUCUUUUUAGCUGAUGAGUUUAACUGAUGGACCUUGAUUGGCCUCCAGAGUUGUUGCGAUGUCACAUAAUUAUCCCACACAUACAGGUCUUAAAGUCAGUUUAAAGGUGAGCACAGAAAAAAUGUUCUCCUUUCAGCAGAUGAAUGUGAAAACAGACUUCCAGUGUUCACGUCUGCACGGAUAUCAUUCUGCAUAUUGAAAGUAAAAACACACAAUAAACAAAGCAAUUGUUUUCAAAAAAGGGGAAAUCUCAAAUUCCAAACAUGAUUCUGCUGCAGAAAAUAAAGGAACUCCCUGUUCACAUAUGAGUGUUAAUCGCUGGUGUGAAUACUAAUUCAUUCUGUCUAAAGCCAGAGCCUCUUCACACCACAAUAUUAUGACACAUGGAAAUAUAUCAUUAAAAUAGAUGUAAAUGUAAAGAAAAGGGCUUAAAGAUUGUUUGUUUUGUUUGUUUGUUUUUGCAAUGCUGGGUUCAAGUGAGACAACACUUAAAAUGUAACCCUGAUUUCUAAUCGUUAUAACUUUGCUGCAGGCUCAUCUAAAACUUGUGAUCAUGUCCUUUAGGAUUUAGCAACAUUCAAAUAUCUGAUGGAACUUGUGGGUUUGUUUACUGAUGGUGUCAGUCAAAGUUGAUUAAACUACACCCACACAGUCCUGAUGAAGCCGAGAGAUACAGUCAUUAUUUAUGGAAACGCCCACAAAAUGUCACGUUUACACCGAGGGGGAAAACAAAGCGUUCGCCACCAUGCUGAAGAGCUGCUGUGUGGCUUUUUGCACACCAAUGCAACUUAAAAAUCCAGAGCUAGAGGUUAUUUAUCACACACAGACCCUGACUAAUGGGGACAUUUUUUAAAACUGGACCAGUAUUAUUAUAGUCGCCAGAGCUCAGGGCAUUUUCGACCAUCAUUCUACGUCUACUUAAAGUGCUUGUGUAUUUUAUGUCUGACAACUUCAUGGAAAGGAUCCCUACAGAGAUGGAUGUUUUACUAAAGAGUAGGAUCCUUUGGUUUAAACUAGAAACAGCCCCAAAAUCGCUUCCGUCAAGCUUCAGUUGGGCGUCUCUUCUCAUUAUAUUUGCAGAAAAACACACUGCCACACACUUCCAGGAGUCAUAAGUGAUGACUGAACGGCGAAAGGUGUCUGCACACAGUGACAGGCUGCAUUCACAUUUCAAAACACCUACUUGAGAUCUCAUCAUCAUUGAUUCCCCUUUGAUAAAAGGAUAACGCAGCUCACUCAAAGAUACAACUGAUGCUCUGGACUUGCAAAAGUUUUCCUUCCACUCCUCAUCGACAACAGUCCCCCACUGGAAAGCCCCACAUCAUCUGACCAACGCCAUUUCCAGUGGACUUUAAACCGCAGAUGCUGAGAUGGAACACUGAGUGCAGCAAACGCCUCCGUUCAUCCAUGAAGUGGUGCAGCAAUACUAAGUUUAAAUGUAAAGUACUCAUUAGACCAAGCAGUGCUAACAUAAUGAGUCCACCGUUGUUGGUAUUAUUUCUGGGAAAUAUUCAUUACACAAAGACACAAUAGGCAUGCAUGAGUUGAGGAGAUGAGGUCAUCAUUUCCUAUUUGCUCCGUUUCACAUGUCCACACAGAUAAACACUGACCAGUUUUUAAAAAUCCUCACCUUAGAGGACUUUUUAAAAAAUCUCAGAUUAAUUGACCUAAUAUCUGUAUUCAAAAAUAUCUGUGUAGACAGGGCGUUAAUGAAUUACACCUAAAUAUGUUUUUAUGAAAGACUUAACUUUGAUUAAUGCCGUUUUAAUUUCACCGAAUCUUCGAAUCUUCACCAACGUGUAUAGAAAAACUUAAUAGUUUGUGGGGGCUGUAAGUUCUACUUACGGUUCUUACAGUAAAGCACAAUCUUGUACCAGCGAUGUCUCGAUGAAUGUGACCACAAAAUCUGAACUGUGAGUUCCGUGGAACUAAACAAGGACAUAAUGUUCUCGUUGGGCAGAGUUGAGCUUUGACAACAAGAACAACUUGGUUUUCAAGAUGCUGAGUUCUUUAAGUCUGACCACAUUGACGUUUUGCAUUCACUUUGUCACAAAUCUCAACAGAAUCAAUUAGUCUGUCCUCCAUUCAUACAUACUGAGCUGGUGGGAAAUGAUGAGGAGACGCAUGGAAAUAAGAACUUGUACCUGUGCAUCAUUUUACUGCUACAGGUAAGAAGAACGGAAGAAAACACAAAGAACUGUUUGUUCACUUCGUUGUUUUGAGUGGGGACAGCACCCAGCAGCCCACAACCGCCCCACAUGUCUGUCGUGUUUCAUGUGUGGGUGUGUGUGUGUUAGUGUGUGUGUGAUAACAGAGAUAAGGUAGGAGAUAGUUGGUGACAUUUACAUAAUCCCGGAGAACAUACACUGGUUAGUUGGGGAUGUCCCAUGGAGCAUGAAACCAAAAACAGUAAAGUGAAAUGGAAAGUGACCCUCUCACUCUUUAGCUCACCAUGUUUUCAAAACCCAACUCUCACUACUGUUUUCAUACCAAGAUCUCUCAUCUUGAUGUCUGCGUCUGCUUUUGAAAUACUGGAACUUGGUUCCUCUACAAUCAACCCAUUCCACACUCGGAACAAAACAGCGUUUCAGCAAUAAAGUCUUACAUUACUAAAGCUCGCUCCUCGGUACCGUUAAGCUCUUAUUGCAUUACAACUCCUUCAGGUGUAACUUUUACUUUAAAAGAGAGGUUUACAGCUUUUUAAGCUCGUCUUACUUAAUUAUGGUCAGCUGCCAGUGUCUAUUGAAACAGCUUUUUAUCUCUGUCAGUGCGUCCGUGUGUAUCUGUCUGACAGCAGCUUAUCGCAUAAACUACUGGACCAAUAAGCCUAGUAUUUUGUAUGUAUGUUUACGACUGUAUGCUCGCAGACCUGUUAUGGUUGUGAUUAAACAUUACAUCAGUUUUCUAUUUUAAUUUUGUUUCUAAUUCUUGUUUUCAGUUCAGUUUGGUUUCAGUUAGUUUGCAGAGUCGGUUUGCUCAUUACUUGCUGUUGUAAUAUAAAAUUCACAGUCCUUGUUCUUUGUGAAAAAAUACAUCCCAAAGUUAGGACAAAAUAUAAACCUUAAACAAAAACUGAAUUCUUACACAAACCUUUGCGUUGAUUUAUCUAUAAAAGUAUUAAAGCUUCGGUCACAUGGUGCUUUCUUAAGAUAUCAAACAUCCAAAAGUAACCAAUUAAAACAAUGGAUGAUUGACACAUACACAUACACAUGUAAACACUAAAUUCUUUUCUGCUGCUGCUAUUUAUAUGUCCUGCUUGUUUUGCGAUGUUGUUCUAUAUGUACAUAUGUACGUCACUACAGCUCAAUGAGCAACACUGUCCGGGGGAAAAGAAACAAGAGAAUCUUACACUUAAAACACGUUUCUUUGGAUGAUGCUGAAACCUCAUAUUGGCAUUCUUCAUGAAUUGAAGUAAACAGGGACCAAGUUUAACAGCAGGACAAUACCAAAACAUCAGUCUACAAACUCUCACACAACUAAUGCAGUAUAUGCAGCUCAUACAGUAUGCAUGCACAUGCUCCGUUAUGUUCGAGGGUGCUACUCAUGAGCCAAACUGUAAUGUUUUGGUAAAAAUGCAGGUGUUUGGGAAGUACUGAGCGUACAACUGGAUGAACAAGACUUGGAUUAUACUGCAAGAGUUGUGUGACUUUGUAAACUGAAUUUUUUAUACAGUUUUGUGGUCGUUAAACACAGCCCCAAUGACUUCAAUUCUUUAAGAAUGUUCACCUCUUUCAGAUUCCUCGUUCACCAUGGAGGCAUGCACUAAGAACAAAGUGUUCUUCACAAAUUUAAGGUAACAUACGAUGAGCAAUUGAUGAACAAAUGGUCAUUUUGCAGGUGAAAUUUUACCCCACACUGCUGAUGUGGCAUAUCUUAAUUUUCUAAAUGUAUCAAAAUUUGGGGUUCAAGCACUUCAGAAAGCUGGGAAUUACUCUUUUGGAGCUAGUUACUUUAUAUACUGCUCAAACAAAUUAAGAGAACACUUAAAUCACACAUCAGAUCUUGAUGAACGAAUUAUUCAAGUUGAAAAUCUUUACUGAUGUACAUAGUGUAGUUUGUUGGGAACAAAAUGACGUAACAACGGUCAACGGAAUCCAAAAUCCUCAACCCACUGAGGGCUGGAUUCAAAAUCACACCGAAAAUCAUUAAUAAUUUAAAUCACAGGCUGAUCCAACUAACGCGAAUUUCAUCACUGCAACUCGUGAUGUGACUCAGUGGCGUGUAUGGCCCUCACAUGCCUGUAUGCAUUCCUGACAACAUCUGGGCAUGCUCCUGAUGAGUCGGCGGAUGGUGGGGAUCUCCUCCCAGACCUGGACGGUAACGGCCGGUCUCCUGGUAUCUCCUCCAUGUUCUUGAGGCUGUGCUGGGAGACACAGCAAACCUUCUUGCGACCGCACGUAUUGAUGUGCCAUCCUGGAGGGGCUGGACUACCUGUGCAACCUGACUGGGCUGCAGGUACAGCCUCAUGCUACCAGUAGUGACAAAGACACUAGCAGAACACAAAACUAGAGAAGAAUCAGUCAGGAAGGAGAAGGAGAGAGCAACUGUCUGUAGACACCACAUGUAAAACCAUUCCCUUUUUGGGGGUUGUCUUGCUUUUGCCUCUCUGUUGCACCUGUUGUCACUUUGAUUUGCACCAAAGCAGCUGGAACUGAUUCACAAUCACUUGUGUUUCCUAACAGACAGAUUGAUAUCUCUGAAGUUUAACUGCCCUGGUGUUAAACUGUGACCAUUAAGUGUUCCCUUAAUUUUUAAUUUAAUUUUUUUUUUUACUAAUUUUGUCUUCCCUUUUUUAAAACUACUUAAGAUAAAACCUCUGUUACACUAACUUCAUGCAAUUUGUCCAAAGAAACAAUCCUCAGAUGUAUCUAAACACCUACAUUUGGUUUAUGUUCCAGCACUUAAAGCUUACAUUUAUUCUACUGGAGCUUUGUUGACCCUUGAACUUUACAUUUACUACACAUGUAAACACUUGUUUAGCUGAUAUUGCAUGUACUGAGGCUCUCACUGAGAAAUCAGUCUUUGCAGACAGACCGAAUGAGGCAGAAGGAUGUCAAAAGGGGAUGCCAUAACGUGCUGCAUUAUAGUGUGUGAAGAAAAAGUCCCUGUCAUAGUUGUUGAGGUGAGUGACCUAUAAACAUGGGAAAUCACAAACCACCCACAGCAAACAUUAAUGUGUCAGUGGGGGGCUGAACCACAGACGUAUUUCUGUUAUGUGUCACGACAAUACUGUUUUCAUCUUAUUCAACAUAAGCUUCUUAACAACUUGUGUUCAUAGAUAUUUGUCUCAUUUUAGGGGAAAUGAAGGUAGCCAUUUAUUUCUACAUCAAAGUUAUACUAUGUGAAACUGCAAUUUGGUUUCAUUAAUUCAAUAAAAGUUUCACACUAGUUGUUAUGUGGUGCUUCUCAGUUUCAUCCCGCCUGCAAUACUCUUUGUCAUCCACAAGUGGAGCCACCUACACCACAGCCACCUUCCUCCACUCGGUCCAACCACAGUUCUCUGUGCAAGGGGGGGGAAAACUCCAUCAUAUCUUCACUACAGGGCCCAUGUAAAAGGGAAAGCCCUGUCAAUCUGACAUGUCUAUCAAAGAGAAGCAGCAGAUGAUUUUGGACACUGAGAGUGCAGCACACACUGGAAUGGAGGGUCAGUCGAGGUCCUCUCAGAAGUAUCUGCUGCUGCAGGUGUGGUGUGGUAUCCUCACUGUGGCCAUGGUGGUUAUGGCUGCGCUAGUCCUUUCCAUCAAACCCAAGUCAACUGAGGGCACAGUCACUACACUGAAGCCAGGUUCUGUCAGUCCAACAGGUCCACCAGCCAACACUGUCCCAGCUCCCUUAAAGUCUACAGGAUCCUGUCUCUCAUACAUCCAGCUGGUCAAGCCUUCGAAGAGUCAACCUUGGCAAGACUCAGACAGAAGAUGUAACUCCUGCUCCCUCAUCCUGCAUAACGACUCUAUCCACUGCACAAAGAGCGGCUUCUACUUCAUGUACGCCCAGGUCACCUUCAGCAAGCUCCAAAAGAAAAGUCAAACCGUAUCUGUGAUUCUGAAAAGAAAUGCCUCAUUUGGUAAAAGCGAACUACUUCUGGUUGAGGGGACCUUCCCGAACACAACAGUGGGCCCUGUGUGGGUGGCCAAGAUGGUCAGCCUCACAGUGGGAGACAGUGUCAGCUUAAAUAUCACAGAUGAUUUUCUAACAGGCACCGAGUUGACAUUCUGGGGUGCCUUUCAGCUUCAUUAGCACUGCGGGUCUCCGGGAUUUGUUACUGUACAAGAGUUGGGGUUGGACUGGUAUGUUAUUAGUAGGCCUAUACUAAUAUGUUUCAACAAAAGCUGUUCAUCACCUGUACUUUCUUCUCAGAUUUUGUGACGGACAUUUAACUCCAGUUUUUGCCAAAAAUAAUACUCAAAACACCAGGGAUUCAUCAGUCAUCAAAAUUGCUGGAUCUUAUUUUUUGCAGGGUAGUAAAUCAUGGAACUAGGGCUGCAACUAGCAAUUACUUUCAUUGUCCAUAUGUCUGCUGAUUAUUUUCUCUAGUAAUCGAUUAGUUGUUUGGUCUAUAAAAUGAAAGAAAAUGGUGAUAAAUAUUGAACAGUAUUUUCUGAAGCCCCAAAUAACAUCUUCAAAUGUCUUGUUUUAUCCACAACCCAAAGAUAUUCAGUUUGCUGUCAUAGAGUAAAGGACCCAGAAAAUAAUCACAUUUAAAAGCUGGAAUCACAGAUUUUUGAUUUUUUUUUAUCAAUCAAACCAAUUAAUUGAUUAUUAAAUUAGUUGGUAAUUAAAGGUUCAGGGGAUUUAGUGGCAUCUAGUGGUGAUUGCAGAUUGCAACCGGCUGAAACUUCUCCCAGCUAGAAUUACUUUAGUUUUCAUUGUCAAGGAGGUUUUAACCAGGAGCCGAAUUAUCCACAGAGGUGUCCUCCUCUCCAAUACUAGAAUUACCACCCCAUAGUUGUAUGCCUUUGCGCACCAGUCAAGUUUCUCUUACAGUUUACAUCCAUGUUUGUGAAAACAUGGAUGCUUCACUCACAUUAACAUUACCUUUUUAACCCUGACAGCGCAGAGGAUCUUUUUCUUUUUCUAAUUCAGUGUCUGACCAAAUGUUUCCCCCUCAGUUGCUAAGAUAUGACACUGAGUAAUGGCCGGAAAAGUGAUUUAUGCAGAACGUUAUGAUGUCAUAGUGAAACUGACCUUUGACCUUUUGGAUAUAAAAUGCCAUCACUUCAUUAUUUUAUCCUAUCAGACAUUUGUGUGAAGUUUUGUCAUAAUUAGCAAAUGAAUUCUUGAGUUAUGGCCAAAAAAGAUAUCCUGUGAGAUCACAAUGACCUUGGACAUUCAACCACAAAAUCAGUUCAUUCUUCAGUCCAAGUGGACGCUUGUGUCAAAUUUAAAGAACUGUUCUAAGGUAUUCUUGUGAUAUCACGUUCACGAGAAUGAGACAGAUGAGGUCACCUUGAGGUUGACCUUUGACGACCAUUUCUGCCCAAAUAACCCCCGAAAUCGCACAGACUGGACCUUUAAUUUCACAGCUGACAACUAAUCAAUUGAUUGAUUUAUACUUGCAGCUCUACAUGGAACACUAAAAUGCUAAAGGCUUCAUCAGGCAGGGUGAGGAACGACAUAUUUAGCUGAUCAAAACCUUUUAAUAAAAGGCCGCAUCUUCACAUCCUACGGACCUUUGGGCAAAAUAUUGGCAAAACAGCAUACUGUACCAGUUCAACCUUAGCAAAGUCUCUACAUUUAAGUAUGCCAGCUGGUUCUGCUUCUUAAAAUUGUGUGGUGUUUGAUGGUCUUGUAAAAUUUUAAGCUAACUGGAUUUUAAAUUAAUGCAAAGUGUGACUGUCUGAGGCAUGAAUAUGUUUGUUUUCACUGCUAUGUUCUUAUGUAAUUUAUGAAAUGUAAUAUUAUAUUGCUGUGGAGAGGAAAUAAUAAAAAUUGUAGUUUUUGA